CUAACCAAUUCUUUCCAUCCAAUCCUUGAAGUUUUGGUCGGUUUCGAGGAAAGUUUCCAACGCAAAUUUCCUCCAACUUGCACGAUUUUAAGCUGUAAUUGGUCAAUAAGUCACUUUUUCCCCUCCGAUUAGCAUCGUUUUUUAUAAUUUAGCUUUAAGAGAACACUCUUUAAACAUGCCAUCUGAUGCGAAAAAACGUGAGCAGCAGCGCAAAAAGGACGCCGCAAAAGCCAGACAAUCUGGCAAAAAGCAACCGAAAGUCGAAGAACAAUCUAAUCCAACCCCCGUUACUACCAAUGGUACUGAGAAUGGAACUGUUCAACUAAGUGAAGAAGAAGCGCUUUGUGCAAAACUCGAAGCCGACGCAAAACUCAAUGCGGAAGCAAGAGCAUGUACUGGAUCUUUGGCAGUCCAUCCCAAGUCCAGGGACGUGAAGAUCGAGAAUUUCUCCAUUACUUUCCACGGAUCUGAAAUGCUACAGGACGCCAUGCUGGAGUUGAAUUGCGGCCGACGAUACGGCCUAAUUGGGCUUAAUGGUUGUGGAAAAUCUACUCUUCUAGCUGUUCUGGGUAACAGAGAAGUUCCGAUUCCGGAGCAUAUUGAUAUCUUUCAUCUAACCCGGGAAAUGCCUGCUUCCGACAAAUCAGCCCUGAAGUGCGUUAUGGAAGUCGACGAAGAACGGACUCGACUUGAACGGCUUGCCGAAACUUUAAUAGCUUGCGAGGAUGAUGAUUCCCAAGAGCAGCUGUUGGACAUUUAUGAGCGUCUAGACGAAAUAUCGGCAGACACUGCUGAAGCAAGGGCAGCAAACAUCCUUCACGGUUUAGGGUUCACUAAGGAAAUGCAACAGAAGAAAACGAGGGACUUCAGUGGAGGCUGGAGAAUGCGGAUCGCAUUGGCUAGAGCGCUUUACGUAAAACCCCAUCUUUUGCUGCUUGACGAACCUACAAACCAUCUAGAUUUGGAUGCGUGUGUAUGGUUAGAAGAGGAACUAAAGAAUUAUAAACGAAUCUUAGUCCUGAUUUCCCAUUCGCAAGAUUUCCUGAACGGAGUCUGUACCAACAUUAUCCACAUGGAUAAGAAGCGGUUGAAGUAUUAUACCGGUAACUACGAUGCCUUUAUGAAAACUCGAAUGGAACUGCUGGAAAAUCAAAUGAAGCAGUACAACUGGGAACAAGACCAGAUCAGUCAUAUGAAGAACUACAUUGCACGGUUUGGUCAUGGUUCAGCUAAGUUAGCCAGGCAGGCUCAGUCAAAGGAGAAAACACUGGCAAAAAUGGUGUCUCAGGGUUUGACUGAGAAAGUCAGCUCCGAUAAGAGCGUUACGUUCUAUUUUCCGAGCUGCGGCACCAUUCCACCUCCUGUAAUCAUGGUGCAGAAUGUGAGCUUCAAGUAUAGUGACAAUUCCCCGCAUAUCUACAAGAAUCUGGAAUUCGGUAUCGAUUUGGACACGAGAUUGGCUCUCGUCGGGCCGAAUGGGGCUGGAAAAAGUACUUUGCUGAAGCUGCUCUAUGGAGAUCUUUUCCCAACUGAAGGGAUGAUUAGGAAAAACUCGCAUUUGCGGAUUGCCAGGUACCACCAGCACUUGCACGAAUUGUUGGACUUGGAUUUGUCUCCGCUCGAGUAUAUGAUGUCUUCAUUCCCGGAUGUUAAGGAAAAGGAGGAAAUGAGGAAAAUUAUCGGGCGAUACGGGUUAACUGGCAGGCAGCAGGUUUGCCCAAUAAGGCAGCUUUCCGAUGGUCAAAGAUGCCGAGUGGUAUUCGCGUGGUUGGCAUGGCAAGCACCUCAUUUGCUUCUUCUCGAUGAACCCACCAAUCAUUUAGACAUGGAAACAAUCGAUGCUCUAGCCGAAGCGGUGAACUGUUUCGAAGGCGGUCUGGUUCUAGUCAGUCACGACUUCCGACUCAUCAGCCAGGUUGCAGAGGAAAUUUGGGUAUGUGAGAAGGGUACAGUGACAAAGUGGAAAGGGGAUAUCUUGUCUUACAAGGAGCACCUGAAGUCCAAGAUGCUGAAGGAGAGUGAGAAGAACGCCAAGCAAAAAUAAGUCUAGAAAUUUUGAACAGUGGCAAGGAAUUUACGCACCGUUUGAAGGAGACAAUUAGAUAAUUUUUAUCUAAUUGUGUUUGGUUUUAUAAACGGUGAUCUCUAGGU